AUGACGGCUCCGGCCAUGGAGCCCACCGGAUUGUACGAGGAUCGCUCUCCUCUUGAAAAGAGUACCCGCUCUCCUUCAAAGCGACGACGGAAUCCGUCGUUGUUUCGCCGCUGCAAGGAUGUGUGUCUGAAACACACCUGGACCAUCCCACUCGUUUUGUUAACGAUUGUUUUGUCUGCCUAUGCUAUAAACCCAAACGAGGCAAAUCCUAUCCACAAGCUUCUCUUUCUCUCCUACCGUCUUCCUCCUAGCAUACCUGGCGGCCCUAUCAUGUAUGGGAAAGGCCAGGCUGACCUAGCAUUUGUGGGGUUCUACACACUUGUUCUCUCAUUCACACGUGAGUACUUGAUGCAAAGAAUAAUCAAGCCUCUGGGCCAGCAAUGGGGAAUCAAGGGCAAGGCAAAAACUGCGCGUUUCAUGGAGCAGUUCUACACAGCCAUAUACUUUGCUAUUUUCGGCCCUUAUGGAUUGUAUGUCAUGAGCCAUACCGAUACCUGGUAUUUCAACACCACAGCAAUGUUCCGUGAUUUCCCACAUAAAACCCACACUGCGGAAUUCAAAGCCUACUAUCUUCUCCAGGCAAGCUACUGGACCCAGCAGGCGAUCGUUCUGUUGCUCCAGCUAGAGAAGCCCAGGAAAGACUUCAAGGAGCUAGUGGGACACCAUAUUGUCACGCUGACUUUAAUUGGACUGAGUUAUCGUUUCCACUUCACUCACAUUGGUCUGGCUGUAUAUAUUACACAUGAUAUUUCGGACUUCUUUCUUGCAACCUCCAAAACAUUGAACUACUUGGAUUCUCCCAUAAUUGGUCCUUAUUUCGCAUUGUUUGUUGUUGUUUGGAUUUACAUGAGACAUUAUCUGAACUGGCGCAUAAUCUGGGCUGUUUUGACUGAGUUCCGCACCGUUGGGCCAUUCGAACUCGACUGGGGAAAACAGCAAUAUAAGUGCUGGAUCAGCCAGUAUAUUGCACUUAUACUAUUAAGCACCCUCCAAGCCAUGAACUUGUUCUGGCUUUAUCUCAUCCUUCGUAUCGCAAAAAAUUACGCUUUUAGCAACGUUCGACAAGAUGAACGAAGCGACAAUGAAGAGGAGGAUGAAGCCGAGCCUGAUGAAGCGCAGAUGCGUACAGUUUCCUCACAGCCUAUCCCAACAAUAUUACUGAAUGGAAGUAGCCAAGAGCAGGCCAGGAGAAGGAGUAUGCAAAAGGAAAAUCCCAGCAGCGCACCCACUAAUGGCUCCAAAGCUCAUAACCAUGUUGGAGCACUAACAAAUGGCAAAGAGAAGUGA